AUUCGCUUCGUGGCUCGUCAAUCGCCGCUCGCUGUGUAUAUAUUUAUCCUUUCGAGGAGUCAAAACCAUUCAAUACAUCUCUGAAGUACAGGGCAUAAUCAAAAAGGCCAAUAAUCAUAGCCGUUUGGGAGAAUAGCUAUCCGCUAUCAAAGCUCUCAUGCCUCCCAGACCAGCGCCCUCUUCCGGUCCAAGCACCAUUGAGCCUGCAAAUCUCUCCCACUUUGCCAUAUUCAAUCCCAAUCUUGAAACUCCAGCUCCGACCAGAAAGGAAGGAGAAGAUAGGGAUAAAGACGAUGAAGAUGAUCAGAAAGAGGCUGCCCAAAUCUUAUUCUACACAUCUAGAGAGGCGGGAGGAGUUAGUCGGGAUAAAAUGCUGAGACAAGUUGGAUUGGCCAAGGGUCUUAUGGGCUUUGCAGAUAUGCUGGCGAAGGACAAUACAAAGUUUUGGGCAAUUCAUUCUCAUAAGUCGAGGCUGAUUGUGUAUACGCCUGAGCCAGACAUUUAUAUCUAUACUUGUAUUACUUUGGCGUACAAUGCGGACACGAAGGAUCCAGCACCUUCUUCUCAGAGCAUCUCUGAUUUGAUGCUCGUUUCUGCUCUUGGGCGAGGUUACGAAGAUUUCCGAUUCUUGCACGGGCCGUUGUCUAGUCAUACGCCUCUGACAUCAGCUAGCUCGUCCUUGAUUGACAGGUACUUCACCCGCUUCGCCUUCAACUUUGAGUCUGCCUGUCUGUCCUCUCCUUCACUCUCCCAAUGGAUUGCUGGUUUCCCUCCCCCUUCCAAUAACACCAUCGACCAGUUAUUGCAGUACUUCAAAGGCUCAAAUGGAAUCACUUCGGAUGUCUAUGCUGUGGCUAAAGAUGGGCCUCUGGCUAUCGGGAGUGAAAGUACUCCGGAUCCGGCUUUGCUUCGGUACCUAGUCCAUCUCGUUCAAGCAUCACUCCCACCACCAAUUCCUCCUAUCAAUACCAUCACGACUACGAAACAUGAGUAUAGCCGUCCGUUAGGUCUGAGUCUACUUGGACUAGGGACAUUGAAGAGAAAGAAGGACGAGACUCGUAAAGCCAGCUGGGCCACCUUGGGUGGAUGGGCGCCCGAUUUGCGACAAGUUGGUGUUCCGAGUCUUGGAUCGGCAAAGCAGAAGGUAUCUACAACGUCUGAGCAGGUGAGUAUCAAGGAUGUCAAGAAGCCAUCGAGUGGAAAUGGAUCUACUGUUGAAAAGAAGGAUAGCUGGGGUUUCGGGUGGGGGGCGAUAGGCGAUGCUGUGGGGAGUGUCGGAACUGUCUUUGGUCUAGGAACUGCACAGCCUGUUAAAACCCCUGCAGAUGUUUCAAGAGCGACCCAUGGGGCUAGUGAGACAAUUGUUUCCUCUAAGCCUGAGGAUAAUCUCGGACUUCAAACGUCUACAGAUGAGGAAGAUGAUGGCAUGGAAGCCAAAAAGGUGUUAUCCCAAAUAAGUACUCCAGAGAUCCAAGGAUCCUCUGAUAUCAUAGACUCCAACGAUUCAAAAGAUCAUCCAGCAGAUGUACCACCAGCCAUCUCUCUCAGUUCGCCAACCCCCGAUUCACAUGCGACUUCUCAGGUAACAAUAGAUGAGAAUGUCCGACCGGUAAAUGUAUCUAUUCCGGAGCUGGAGGAUGCCGCAGAGCCUGAUGUAGAGAUUGAUUGGGAUAGCCGAGCGGCGUGGAUUGUAUGCGCCGAUGGUAUUCUUGAAAGACGAAUAAUAUGUUGGAUCAUUCGAGAUGGUAUCAUCAUCGCAAUCAUCUUACCUGGAGAAAGUACACCUCCAUUUUCAUUACCUUCCGCUCGAUCAAUUCUCUCCCUCGUGGCAGAUGUAACACAGGUAACAUCUGCAACUGAUGUCGCCGCAUCUGACUGUAGACAAGAUGAGGGCGCAUGGAUCUACAAGUUCGACAAGGAUUUUAUGGUGUCGACGGGCAAGAUGGGUACUGUGGAGGAGCAGACUUUGAUCGAUCUCCGAGGUACUCUAAAGAGUACGCCGUCAAUAUCCGAAGUGUUUGCCAAAACAUCAUCUUCUCAUUUUGUACUCGCCAAGCAAAAGACUGACAAAGAGCUUUAUGCGGUUUGCGAGACCAAGGACGCUAGUCUAACAGAUGCUGAGCAUUCCUUGAGAAAGUUGCUCAGAUCACAUCCCGAAAUCAAGAUGUAGUUUCGAUCUGUUUAGGUCAGAUCUAUUUUUAAUGUAGCAGUUAAAUAGUCA